AAUAAAUCAUUCUGGCAUAUGUACGUUCGAGUCACUAUGGAAGAUGGUUCACGUGACAAGAAAAAAAUACCUCAAAGAUAUGUGACGCCGUUAGGAUUUGAAAUGGAGGUGGAUCUGGAACAUGAUAACGAGAAUGUCGAGGAAUUGAAGAUUGAUAAAACUAAUCUUACUCCACCGCCAAUUGUAAGGUCGGUUUCAUCAUUUCCAUUUCGCAAUCACACCUUUACGGAUUGGUGUGUGAAAAGACCGUCAAAAUGGAAAAGAAAGUUUUUGGAGGGCU